AUGUGGUAUGCCGCUUUAGUGCGAUUCAUAAGGAGGAGACUGGUUUUAGGCAUUAUAUUUGCAUCUUCAUUAACUUAUUGCAUAGUCAGUUUUCUUAAAGAGGGUAACAGUAGAAAUAUGAUAUAUCAAGAUAUAGCAUUUGAAAGGAAACCAUUUGUUUGGAGAACACUUCAAGAACAUAAUGAUACAAAUGACAAUAUAAAAUGUAGAAAUUCAGUCCAAGGAAAACAAUUACUGGUAGAUGAUAGAGGGUAUGUAUGCCAAAGAAUGGAUGUAUUGAAAAAUGGGUGCUGUGAUCUAGAAGCUGACUUUACAGAUAGAUACAGCUGUGAGACAUGUUCAGAUAAUAACUGUUGUGUUAUAUAUGAGUACUGUGUGUCUUGCUGUUUAGACCCUAGCAAGAGAGAUAUGUUAGAGGUCGUCUUAUCUAAACUGUCGACGGAAAAGAAUGUGUUAUUUCGUUCGCUGAGUGACGACUAUGAACUGUGCUUAACAAAAUGUCGCACAAGUUCCCACAGUGUUCUUCACGAGAACUCCUACAAGGACCCCAUACACAAACAUUGCUUUGGUGACGAGCCCACCCGAGCCAGAACACCAGAUUAA